UAUAUGAGAUACAAGUUUUUAUAUUGAUUUUCUUAUAUAAUAGUUGAGAAAAAGAAGUGUUAAAAGUUUUUAAACAGUUAUUUUUUUUUUAAUUGAAGAUAUUAUAAAGUGUGAACUAUGGAAGUGGACACUCUAGACAUCGCCGAGAGGCAUGAGUUAGCGCUUCUUGAGAAGCAGAGGCCUAUGAAUGCCGUCAUAGACCUAGGAACUUCUCCGGUGCAGCAGUUUUAUAAAGGCACCACUAUCUUCUUGACGGGAGGGUCUGGUUUCCUGGGAAAGCAGUUUAUGGAAAAGAUUUUCAGAUCCUGUGAAAUAGAGAGGAUUUACAUUUUACUGAGACCUAAAAAAGGAAAAACUAUUGCACAACGCCUAACAUAUAUCUUAAAAGACCCGUUAUACGAAACUCUCCGUAAAAAGAAGCCUAACUUCGCCAAUGAUAUCGUGCCGAUUGAGGGCGAUGUGGCCGAUGUUAGGCUCGGCCUCAGUGACAAGGAUUGGGAUACCCUGACGAAAGAGGUAAAUGUGAUCGUCCACCUAGCAGCAACAGUCAGGUUUGAUGAACAUCUUAAAAAGGCUGGUCUCAUCAACGUGAGAGGCACCAGAGAAAUGCUGGAGUUAGGCAAACAAUGCAAGAACCUCAAGAUCUUCAAUCAUAUUUCCACAGCGUUUGCUCACACCACUAAGAGUCGAAUAAAUAAUGAAGUGAGAGAACAGUUCUACCCAACUCCUGUGCUGCCAGAUACCUUUAUAGACCUGGUGGAAAAUAUGGAGGAAGAACGAUUGACUGAAAUCACGCCUGGUUUAAUCAAGGGCUGGCCCAACACAUACACAUUCACAAAGGCUAUCGCUGAGGAACUGGUGAGGACACGAGCUGGAGAACUGCCAGUUUGUAUAGUCAAGCCAGCAGUAGUCCUCGGAUCAUACACUGAACCAUCUCCUGGAUGGAUAGACAAACAAACUGUCAUGGCGUCGCCAGUUGGAUUCCUUCUAGGCUGUGGAAUCGGCGUGAUGCAUGUCUUGUAUUUGAAGAGAGACAAUCAGUUUGUGAUAACACCAGUGGACUAUGCGAACAACGCUAUCCUCGCUGCAGGGUGGGAUUCUGUUCAGAAUAGGAAAGCCAUCGACUCUGAAGUUCCUAUCUACAUUGUCGGCACUGCUACCAGCAACUUUACGUGGGACAACCUAUUAAACACGUUGAGGACAGAUGAGCUGGUGAAAAUUAUUACACCUAAGGCUUUAUACUACGUUUGUGCUGCCCACACGUCGAAUCCAGUUGUGUUCUGGAUCCUGACCUGGCUCUUCCACUACAUCCCUGGAUACUUCAUAGAUGCUAUAGUGAACAUUCUUGGAGUCAGACCGAAAGGGCUACCAUCCCUAGUAUCGAUCUACUCAAAGACCUACAAAUUAUGCAAAGUGUAUGAGUACUUCCUCUUCAAUAAUUGGAAGAUCAGGGAUGAUAACCUGGUCAGCAUGAUGGACAGGAUGGCUCCGGCAGACCAGGCCAUAUUCGGAUGCAAUGUCAGAGAAAUCGACCAAAGAGGAAUUGCCUUAUCCAUGUCUGUUGGGCUGCGAAGGUUUAUCGUGCAAGAUGGUCUCAAGGACUCAGAGUAUGGCCAGAAGAAGAUGAGGAUCCUGAAGUAUGUGCACGUGGUCUGCGUGCUGCUAUACAGCUACCUGAUAUACAGCGUGUUCCGCACCAUAUACUCGGCGUUCUGUGUCAUCGUACCGGUUUAGGCGUUAAUAAAUUGUUAUUCUUA